UGACACCGCUUGCAACAAAAACACGUGUUUUCUGUCAAAAAAAUAAACAAUGCAGAUUCACAGGUCAGGUCCUUUGAAACAACAAAAUAAAGCACACAAACAUGGGAAACACAGGAGUAAAGGUCAAAGAGAAGAAGGAGGUAGAGUGAAUGUUAAAGUUUUGUCAAAGAAAGCAGUUACUGUUCAGAGGAAAAAUGAUAGAAAACAUCAGGCUGUACAGUUAAGGAAGAAGAAGAGAGAUGAGGCUAUUUCUAGGAAACGUAAUGUUGGUGUUUCUGGUACUCCUCCACAUUGUUGUUUGGUUGUUCCCCUACAUGCUGAAGUGUCAACAUCAAAUAUUGUAGAGAAGAUUUCAUCUUGUACAGAAUCAGUUGCAACAUCUAAAACAGAAUCAGGAAUAACACAUGUUAGUGUCCAGAGAUUUAAGCAGCGUGUAGAGUUUGUCACAGUUAAACAUGGAGACUUGUACAGUAUAUUAGAUGUGGCAAAGGUGGCUGAUUCUAUCAUGUUUGUCAUGUCGCCAGACUCGGGACUGGAUAGAUUUGGAGAGAGUUGUAUUUCAUGUUUGAUGGGUCAGGGUUUACCGAGUGUUACACUAGUUGUACAGGGUUUGAAAGAUUUACCCCCAAAGAAACAGAAAGAAGUAAAAAAGUUCUUGCAAAAAACAGUUGAAAAAUGGUUUCCAGAUGAUAAGUUGCAUACCCUAGACUCGGAACAAGAUUGUAUGCUAGUUUUACGUCAUGUGACCUCACAGAAAUUGAGAAAUAUUCACUACAGAGAAAAUAGACCACAUCUAUUAUCUGAGCAUAUCCAGUUUGAAUUGAAUCAAGAUUCAGAAACAGACGGCACUUUGAAGUUGGCUGGUUAUGUUAGAGGUCAGUCAAUGUCAGUAAAUAGACUGGUACACAUUAGUGGACUGGGUGACUUCCAGUUGUCACAGAUAGAUGUGCUUGAUGACCCCCACCCACUAGCAAGAUCAGACAAACACAAACACAAGGUUGCUAAUUCACAGGAUGAUGAGAUGAUGGAAGAACCAGAGAAAGUAACAGCCAUGUCAGUACUGAAGCCAGAUACCAGUAAACUAGAGAGCCUCGACAGCGAGGUCGUUCCUGACCCGAUGGAGGGAGAACAAACCUGGCCAACUGAGGAAGAACUUGCUGAGGCUGAAGGGAAACAGGAAAAGGUGACAAGGCGGGUACCAAAAGGAACUUCUGAUUAUCAGGCCUUCUGGAUUGUAGACGAUGAAGAUGAGGAGGGUGCUGCAGAUGAUGAUGAUGAAGAUGAUAAUGAUGCAGAGAUGGCGGCCGUUGAUGAUGAGGUGGAUGAUGAUGAUGAUGAGAGUGUAAUUUUAUCAGAAAGUGAGGAGGAAUAUGAAGAUGUUACUGUAGGAGAAGAUAAAGACCAGAAAUAUGAUGAGCAGAUGGACUUGGCAGAAGAACAGUCUGUAUUUGCCAAAUUAAAGCAGGAGAGACAACAUGUUAUGUUCCCAGAUGAAAUAGAUACACCACAAGAUCUUCCUGCACGUACACGAUUUCAGAAAUAUCGUGGAUUUGGAAAAGUUUCGUUCAAUGUUCACCGCUGGGAUGCAAAAGAAAACCUGCCAUUUUAG